CACCCAGCGGAGAGGGCAGGCCGUGGCGCGUGCGCGCUGCAGGGAAGGCGCCUCCCGGAACAAGCGGCCCGGGCAGAGUGCGGGAAGGUAGCGCGCAGAGUCGGGAGGCGCUGGCAGCGGGGACCGCUUCCGGAUACCAGCUUUAGAAUUGCAACCUUGCCAAUGGACCUGAUUGGUUUUGGUUAUGCGGCCCUUGUGACUUUUGGAAGCAUUUUGGGAUAUAAGCGGAGAGGUGGUGUUCCAUCUUUGAUCGCUGGUCUUUUUGUUGGAUUUUUGGCUGGCUAUGGAGCUUACCGAGUCUCAAAUGACAAGCGAGAUGUAAAACUGUCACUGUUUACAGCUUUCUUCCUGGCCACCAUAAUGGGCGUGAGGUAUAAGAGAUCCAAGAAAAUCAUGCCAGCUGGUCUGGUUGCAGGUUUAAGCCUCAUGAUGAUUCUGAGACUUGUCUUACUGCUGCUCUGAAAAUAUGGAGGAACUGAAAACUAAAUUCAUGCGAUUCUGCUGUAACGGGCAGAGCACAUACUUUGUAUUUAAAAGAUAAGAUUCAGGGAUGCCUGGGUGGCUCAGUCGGGUAAGCGUCCAGCUGCAGCUCAGGUUGUGAUCUCUCAGUUCGUGAGUUCGAGCACUGCAUCAAGUUCCUCAACUGGUGGUGCGGAGCCUGCUUGGGAUUCUCUCUCUCUUUCUGCCCCUUCCCCGCUUGUUCUCUCUCUCUCUCAAAAUAAAUAAGUAAACUUAAAAAACAGAUGAACUUCAGCAUGGAAUGUUAUGUGUCUUAUUCUACAUUAAAAACAACAGAAAC